AUGAAGCGAGCAACACUGGAGACUUGGGAGAGCCUGCUGGGCGAAGAGUACACGGAGGAUGUGCGCAGAGUAUGGGACCUCCUGCUUGACUGUAUUACGACGGCGAUGUGUGAGGGUUGCACGAUAUUCGAGGAGGAGGACAAACGACUCUCAUUGAAGGAGCAAAAGCAGCGAGGGUCACAGUCAAAAUCGGAUGGCAGCAAUGCGGUAGCAGAAUUCUGCAACUCAGACGAAGAGGAGGCUGAAACGAGGGAGGUAUCAGAACUGGGGGAAGAUUUGCUUCCGGACUAUCUAGGCACCAUCAAGUUAGACCUGUUGGUGGAAUCUUCACACGAACAUUUGCUCCACAAAAAAAUCAUUCAAUAA